AUGGACGCCGCCACGAACAAGAAGCGCAAGUUCCGCGAUGCCAAUGGCGCAAAGCCCGCCAAUGGCAAGCGCUCCGCUGCUCCUGUGGCCGCUGCGGCCCCCCAGAAGUCGAAGAAGGUGAAGCGCAGCAAGGAGCCCGAGUCGGAACCCGAGUCUGAGAACGAUUCCGGUAGCGACGAGGAGGAGGAGGACGAGAACGAGACGGCGGAGAACUUCAAGGACGCCGACAACGAGGACGAGGGCGACGGUUCCGAUCUGGACGAGGACGUCAAGGCUCCCGCCGCAAAGGAUAACGCCGCCGCGACAGCAGACAUCCCCAACGCCGAUUCCCUCUCGCUGCCCUCCGUCGGCGCCGAAGCCCACGACUUUUCCCAGCUCAACCUCUCCGAAAAGACCAUGAAGGCGAUCAAGGAGAUGGGCUUCACCAAGAUGACCGAGAUCCAGAGGCGGGGUAUCCCGCCCCUGCUCAGCGGCAAGGAUGUUCUGGGCGCCGCAAAGACGGGUUCCGGCAAGACGCUCGCAUUCCUGAUCCCCGCCAUCGAGAUGCUCAGCGCCCUGCGCUUCAAGCCGCGCAACGGCACCGGUGUCAUCGUCGUCUCGCCCACCCGCGAGCUGGCGCUGCAGAUCUUCGGCGUCGCCAGAGAGCUCAUGGCGCACCACUCCCAGACUUACGGCAUCGUCAUCGGCGGCGCCAACCGCCGCGCCGAGGCGGACAAGCUCCAAAAGGGCGUCAACCUGCUCAUCGCCACCCCCGGACGUCUGCUGGAUCACCUCCAGAACACGCCCUUCGUCUUCAAGAACCUCAAGUCCCUCAUCAUCGACGAGGCGGACCGGAUAUUGGAGAUUGGUUUCGAGGACGAAAUGCGCCAGAUCGUCAAGAUCCUGCCCAAGAACGACCGCCAGACCAUGCUCUUCUCCGCCACACAGACGACCAAGGUCGAGGACCUUGCCAGAAUCUCGCUGCGUCCCGGCCCGCUGUACGUGAACGUCGACGAGAAGCAGGAGCACAGCACCGUGGCGAACCUGGAGCAGGGCUACGUGAUCUGCGACGCGGAUAAGCGGUUCCUGCUGCUCUUUUCCUUCCUGAAGAGGAACCUGAAGAAGAAGGUCAUUGUCUUCUUCAGCAGUUGCAACUCGGUCAAGUACCACGCCGAGCUGCUCAACUAUAUCGACCUGCCCGUGCUCGACCUGCACGGCAAGCAGAAGCAGCAGAAGCGGACAAACACCUUUUUUGAGUUCUGUAAUGCCAAGCAGGGUACCCUCAUCUGCACUGACGUUGCCGCUCGUGGAUUGGAUAUCCCCGCCGUAGACUGGAUCGUCCAGGUCGACCCCCCCGAUGACCCGCGCGACUACAUCCACCGCGUCGGUCGUACGGCUCGUGGCGCAAACUCCAAGGGCCGCUCCCUCAUGUUCCUCCAGCCGUCCGAAGUCGGCUUCCUCACCCACCUCAAGGAGGCCCGCGUGCCCGUCGUCGAGUUCGACUUCCCCGCCAACAAGGUCGCCAACAUCCAGUCCCUGCUCGAGAAGCUCAUCAACCAGAACUACUACCUCAACAAGUCCGCCAAGGACGGCUACAGGUCCUACCUGCACGCGUACGCGUCGCACUCGCUGCGCACCGUCUUCGACGUGAACAAGCUGGACCUGGCCAAGGUCGCCAAGAGCUUCGGCUUCUCGACGCCGCCGCGCGUCGACAUCACCGUCGGCGCGAGUAUGAGCAGAGACAAGAAGAUUCAGGGACGGAGGACGUAUGGUAGCCAGCCUAGACAGGGCGGAAACAACUACAAGAAGAGGUAA